GGGGUUAUGAAAAUAUAAGUAGUUGAAUAACCAAGCAAAGCUGGCACAUUUGUUAUCUUCUAGCAAACCUCGGGCUUGUAAAGAGUUCUGACUUCUGAUCAAAAAGCGCGGCACCGCUUCCCUAUUUGUGUGGUCUUCGCGAGGAGCAAUGGCUAAGAGUUACUUCAAACAGGAGCAUGAUCUUGAGAAGAGAAGAGCUGAGGCUGCUAGGAUCAGGGAUAAAUACCCAGACAGGAUCCCGGUGAUUGUGGAGAAGGCAGAGAGGAGUGAUAUCCCAAGCAUUGACAAGAAGAAGUACCUUGUCCCUGCUGACCUGACGGUUGGACAGUUUGUCUAUGUCAUCCGCAAAAGGAUCAAGUUAAGUGCAGAAAAGGCCAUUUUUAUUUUUGUGGACAAUGUCCUUCCCCCAACGGGUGCAAUUAUGUCUGCUAUAUAUGAUGAGAAGAAGGAUGAAGACGGGUUCCUUUAUGUCACAUACAGUGGCGAGAACACCUUUGGGAAUCUGACUUCUUAGUUGCACUAGUAGCUUCUAUUAUUUCACACUGUAAUAUCAUCUCACGGUUUUCAUUGGCUUUGUCUGAUGAUUCUAUUAUGUUACUCAUUGUAUCAAGAACCUUGCUUUCACAGUCAUGUACAGUUGUAAAUAAAUUCCCAGAACAUAUUCAAUGCUCAGAUUUCCUCCUUUGCAUCCA